AUGCUUAAGAAUGCGAUUGAUUGUGAUCAAACGUGCCGCGCGGCGAACAACACAAUAGUUCGAGUGACUAAGAAGGGAACAGCUGAGCUGAGGACGGCUGUCAAUGGCAAGGAGGUUAUACGUGACCUAAGCGAGGUUUAUUAUGCUGAGAACCUCGCUGAUAAUAUCAUUAGCUAUGGCAUAUUGGAAGAGCGUGGUGUGUUUCUCGAGCGAGACGGCAAUCUGAGCUAUGUGGUACGCCAAGAGGAUGGCCUGAAGAUAUUCGAGGUGCUCCGCCGCAAUAACGUGUUAACAGUCGACGCAAUGGGUGAGAAAACGAAGGAAGCGCGAGUUCAAGUUGUCAACUCAGCCUUGCUACAAGGUAACGAUGAAAUUAAUGAAGCUGUAUUGAGUACAACUCUUGUGGAGUUGCAUCAGAUGCUUAAUCAUCUUGGGUACGAUACUGUCGAGCGCAUGGCCGACUCUAAAGGAUUGGGCAUUCACCGAACGGACCGGGCCAGGCCAAAUUGUCUUACUUGUGCAGAAGGCAAUCAGAGCAAACUCAACCAGUCCAAGAAGGAUGCAGGCAAGAACGCGCCUAUUGACAAGCUUGGUGGUGUGAUCGGCAGUGACAUCAAGGGACCAAUGACACCACUAGAUCGACGCGGUAAUCGUUACCUAAUCAACUUCGUCGACUACUCAACAAAUUAUGUCCGCGUGUUCCUGGCCAAGAACAAGAUUGAGGCGACAUCGACCUUCAAACAUUUUCUGCUUUAUUUCGAGAAGAGAUUUAAUUGUCUAGUUCAUGUGCUGCGAACGGACGGUGGCAAGGAGUAUGUCAAUGUCGACAUGUUCUGCAAGUCAGCUGGUGUAAUGCGCCAAGUGAGUGAGGCUUCAAAUCAGGCAUCGAACAGAAAGGCUGAAAGGAUGCACAGGACGAUACUCAACAUGGCAAAUGCAUGCUAUUUGCGAGCGAGCUACCUUCAUUAUUUUGGGGGGACGCCGUUGAGUAAGCUGCCUAUGUUUUGA